CGGUUAGUCGACGCGUGAGCAUCAAAUGUGGAACAUUCCUUGCGCUUUUUAAAACGUUUUAGCGAGAUCGCGAACAUUAACGUAUUAUUCGACAAUUGACACGUUGUGUGCCAUAAACAAAAGAUUUUUUUCUUUUUAAUGAACGUUCCUUCGCGAAUGUGUUUGUAAUAGUGUUGUGUCUAUUUGUAAAGUGACUGAAUAUUUGUGAUGGAAUCUUGAUUUGUGGUUGUUUCGUAAUAAAUAAUCUUGAAAGUGAUUUAGGCACCGUGAUGGUGAGCAGGCCGUGGUGGCGCGGCGGCGCGCGGCAGCGAUGAGACCAUGCCGCGGCGCAAGCGCAGGCUGGCGUCACGCGCGCGCGCCUACCUCCGCGCUCUCCUCGCCUUCCUCUUCAGCAACGUGGGCGUCAUCGUGCUUGUCGUCGCUUAUACCAUCGCUGGUGCCUUCAUGUUCAAAGCAAUAGAGGGCGCGAGCGAGAGGGACCGAGUCACUCACAUGGAGACCGAGCGGAACAACACCGCCGAGUACCUAUGGCAGAACGUCACUCUGGCCCUCAACCUCUUCAACGAAACGGCUGUUAAGGAGAGGAUAAGCAUAAAGCUAACAGACUAUCAGAAUACCAUUGUAGUGGCGGUGCGCCACGGGUGGGAUGGAAGCAGGUCCUCGCGGCAGUGGAGUUUUUCUUCAGCAUUUCUCUAUUCACUCACUGUGAUUACUACUAUAGGGUACGGCCAUUUGUCUCCCAGAACAAACUGGGGCAAGGUGAUAACAAUAUUCUACGCGUUGUUGGGGAUGCCUCUCUUUCUGCUGUAUCUGAGUAAUGUUGGCGAGCUCCUGGCGCGCUGGUUUAAAUGCAUCUACGCGUUGAUUUGCCUCUGUAGAGGGUGUCCCGGAUUUACUAGACGAAGGGUUGCCAGGUUUAGACCACCGUUAGAAGUAAGUGAUGCUGAAAGCAUAGAGAGACCUCAGGCGUGGAGGUCUCGGUACUCAGACUCUGAGGGAACUCCGGAGUUUAGAGACCCUUAUUUACGUGGAAUCCAAAGAAGAGCAGAGUCGCCGAGGAGCGCGUGGCCGCGGGCGGACCGCGCGCGGCGCUGGUCGCGUUCAGAGAGCGACGCCGGCAGCGACUUUAGCUACGUCACCUUCGACGCGCAGACCAUCACCGUGCCCAUAUCCGUCUGCGUCUCAAUUAUGGUUGGUUACAUAAUGUUCGGCUCGAUGAUAUUCGGCAUGUGGGAGAAGUGGGACCAGCUCGACGGCGCCUACUUCUGCUUCAUAUCGCUUAGCAGCAUCGGGUUCGGUGACUUCGUUCCUGGCGAACGUGUAUAUACGCCGCGCAUCGAGACGUCGUUUAUCGUGUGCUCGUUGUACCUGAUGCUGGGCAUGGCGCUUGUCGCCAUGUGUUUCAACCUAAUGCAGGAACAAGUGAUACACUACUUCGCCGGGCUGAAGAGAGCGCUGAAGCGCGUCUGUCGCUGCAAGAGGUGACGCACGCUCCGACCGCUGCACUACGUAUACGAUAUGUUGCUCCCACUUCACAAACAACUAAUAAAGACUUAUUAUUGUAA